UCCAGAAUCUGAGGACAGUAUUUCUUAAGGAGCACAGGAAAUACAAAGAUUCCCAACGUUCAGGAGCGGGGUCAGAUCAAGUCAAGAAGCCAACAUUAUGGUAUUAUGACUUGAUGAAGUUCGUAUUGGAUGAGGAGCCUUCGAGGACAGCGCGGAGCACGGAGGAGCCGAACACGCCUGAGAUGUUCGAGCCUGAGGAAGAGGAGAGUGUGGAUCCGCUGUCUUCGAGGGAGCUGGACGUGGAACCUGCAGUGGAUGAGCCGGCAGACCAAGCCACUGUAAGGCCGGAGCUGGAGGAGAGUGAGGCGGCGAUGGGAACGCCCCAGCUUCCGGCUAGAAAGAGACGCCGGCCAGCUAUCCCUGGAAGAUCUGUCUCGUCCAGCAGGUCAGAUACAAUUCUGAGGCAGGCAGAGGAGGUCCUAAAAAACAGACCGGAUAGAUUUGAAGCUAUUGGAGACCAUUUAGCCUGUGAGUUGCGGGAGAUGAACCCCACUCAGCAAAAAUACGCCCAGCGUCUGGUAUAUGCCAUUAUAUCACAUGGCCAGGAUGAUGAAUUGACCAACCACAGUGGCGUUGUGUUAGAUACCAGACAGGUGCCUAGUACAUCUUAUGCCCCUCCCCCAACUCACCCUCCCAUGUAUUCUGCGCCGGUAAUUCCUCCUCAACAAUACCCCACAUAUCCUGCUCCGGGUUACCAAAUGCCACAAUCCCCCUUCCCUGGCACCUCUUCAGGUGGAGUGUUCACCACUCUGUUGAGUGCACACUCCACUGUUCAAGGCGACCUAAAUUUUUAAUCAAAAUGUUUUUGAAUUUUUGAAUUUGCGUUUAGGUUUGCUGUCUUCAGAUUUGUAUUUGACCUUCCUCAUCCAAUAUGUUUUUUCUUGAAGUCAAUUGUACCAUAAUGUUGGUUUUCUACACUUCAUUUGACACUGUAAUAGAACGUUGGGAAUGCUUUUAUUUCAUGUGCACUUUUGAAAUACUGUCCUCAGAUUCUUUUACUUCUACUUCAUCCCCAGUUAUGUUGGCACCACUGUUUUUGCUGCACUGUAUCUGGCUAAUUGUUGGAAUGCCUGAUGCCUCUAUUGGUGUAAUC